GUCUGUCGGUAGGCAGUCUGUACUUUUUCCUUUCAGUUCUGGCCAGAAAAAGCAGGAAUUCUAAAAGGCUGCAAUUAUCCCUCCUGGUUCUUUUGCACAGAGCUCUGUAAAUAAUUUAUUUGGAUUUAAGGGCCUAGAGACCAAAAAGCAUAUCGAGCCUCUUGGUAACCAGGAGGAUUCUGCAUUCAGAACUUGGAAUGCAGCGCCAAAGAGAAAUGUUUCUUUGAAAUCAGAGAAGACAGAGUGACCCCAGGGCUCAGGCGUCAGGCUGGAGGGGGCCAGAUCACAGCCUGAGGAGGUCUCGUGGCAUGUAAAGAUCACCCGUGAGGUUUCUGCAUCCACGUUGGUCACCAUUGCAGCCACGGAGGGGAAGGGCAGAGAUGCCCAGCAGGCGCUUCCUGCCGCACUCAAUACCUGGGUGAAACAAAGAAAAGUGUGUUCGCCAGGCCGGCUCGCUGCAGUCACAAGAUUCCGAGUGUCAUGCUGCACUCCGGAGCACCUGGCACCUCUCCUCGGGAGGGGCGCGCUGCUGGCCAUGCAGGAACGGACGCUCAUCCUACUUUUCAAAUCAAGACGUUCAGUACGGAGUUGAAAAACCAUGUGAUGGUCAUGGAUUUUGUGAAGAGUAACUGGUUUCCCUCUCAGAGAAGAGCCAAAGUUUGUAUCGUCCACAUGUGUCGAGGCCUGAGGACGGCAGAGCAGCCAGCCGGCAGAUACGAGAUCCACAGUCGGCUUUUCUCAGCCCCCAAAGAUCAGUCUUCCUGGGAAAGAGAUGAAAGUCUUUCCAACACAGGACCAAGGGACAGCCACUACAGUCCAAACGAGCCAAUUGCCCGUAGAAAUCUCCAGUCCGAUGUUACAGAGAGGAAACCUGACUUCACCAAGGAGGCUCUGGCAUCGCAAAACACAAAAAUGAUUUCAUCUAUAGUCAUUUCGCAGCUGAUUGAUGAGAAUAAGCCGAGAGAACCCGGGGCCACCUUACCCCUGCCGUGCGCGAUCGCUCAGCCUCGAGCGUGCCCCCACAAGCCGGCCUCCACCAACCGCGGCGGAGUCAGCAUCCACAGGGCGUUUGCAUUACUGCCGGGCAAGCUGGGGGUUCCUAGACGGUGGGACGAGCGAGGCCCUGAAGCUGAACUGCCGCCCACAGUGGACCCCCGCAGGGGGUUCGCGUCCAUCACCAUCACCGCCCGGCGUGUUCGCCCCGCGGCCAGCGCCCUGGUGUGGGGCACUGAUGCGGAGCCGCUGUGUCCCAGGUGCAGGGCGGAAGACGCUCUGCUCCGGGGCCGAUCGGCAGUGACUGACAAUGUCCAGCACCGUGGACCUUUUGCCUGCGCAGAGUUCCCCAGAAAUGGCUCGGUGAUGAGGCUGAAGGUCCCCGAGGCCCACGCUGGGCUGUGUGCGGGGAACGAGUACUGGGUCACCCACGUAGACCACAAAGAGAGCGGCUUUUCUGCAGACACUCCGCCACCGGGAAAGGCUCCGCUGGUAUUCAGUUCCUGUGUCCACCUCCGGGUGUCUCGGCAGUGUCCGAAUUCCAUCUACUACUUGGACAGGUCUCUGUCUGUCCCUGUUGAGCAACCUCAAACUACAAGCCCCAAAGUGCACAGAUCCGUCCUGUCGCUCAACCUCAGUUGUAGUUCCCACGGGUUAACAGCAGAUGGAGUAGACAGCUUGGCUAACAGAGAGCCAAUGGGCAGAGGCCUGAAGCUGGAGCUCCCGGAGGGAAACCGGGACCUCGGAGGGCCACGCUGGAACCCAGCUUUACAAGAAAGUCAUUCCAAGGAAAACCCAUCGUUGGGGCGGGUGCACCUGGGGACUGGCAUAUGUCCUUGGAGUGGCUCUCCUCCGUCGGAAAAUAUAGAAUUUACAGAUGUUGGGACAAACCAAGACACUGUGAGAAAAGGGAAAGAGGAUCAUGCAGCUCCUCGCAACAGCAAUCACCCUGAGCAACUGGCCAUUCACAUUCCUGGCUGGAGUUACAAGGCAGUAGAAACAAAAGUGUAUUCUGGAAGCAGCAAGGAGCAGCUCGGAGCAGCGCGUGUGACAUUGUCUGCUCCCCCAGUGGAACAGAAGCCCAUUGAACCGUUCCCUUCUGACGGGGACAGGCCACCAAGUGAUGACUGUCAGACUAGCGACCUUUUUGAACCCAGAGUGAGACGACGUCCGAGCCUCCUGAAACCCAGAGUCCCUUUGCCUGGGUUUCUUUGCCCCUUGCAAGAUACAUGCCCUUCUCUGCAGGAAGACAAUGGUGCUCAGAUAGAAAAAGGGCUCCCCGGAGGAGAUUACACGUGCUGUGACUUGGUUGUAAAAAUAAAGGAAUGUAAGAAGAGCGAGGAACCCACCUCGCCUGAGCCCUCGCCGGCGCCACCCUCGCCGGCGCCACCCUCGCCGGCGCCACCCUCGCCAGCACCAGAGACCCUUGGCCUGCUGGAGGAGGGUUCUGAGCUUCAGCACACACCUGCCAACUCCUUGACCUUGCAGGAAGCACUGGAGGCCCGGAGGCCCCAGUUCAUUUCUCGAUCCCAAGAACGGCUGAGAAAGCUGGAGCACAUGGUGCAGCAGAGGAAGGCACAGCGGAAGGAGAACCCAGGGCAGACGCAGAGCCUGCUCCCCGUCCGAGCCAACAAGAAGCAGUUCACGGUUCCCCAUCCUCUCAGUGAUAAUUUGUUCAAACCCAAAGAAAGGUGCAUUUCAGAGAAGGAGAUGCAUAUGCGAUCUAAAAGAAUCUAUAACAACUUGCCAGAAGUUAAAAAGAAGAAAGAAGAACAAAAGAAAAGGGUGAUCUUACAGAGUAACAGACUCCGGGCGGAAGUCUUCAAAAAGCAAUUACUGGACCAGAUCCUCCAAAGGAACGCGGUCUGACCCCGGGCUGCCUUGCUGACCACUACCUGGACCCGGCAAGACUUCAAACGCUGGAUAAGCCAUUAAACUUAGCAUUACCUUCAUGACCUGAAAACAGUUAUUUUACUUUUGAUUUUUGAUUUUUUUUUUCAUAAAGGAAAGAAUUGCUUCCUGAAUGACCCAAACAAACAACAUGCCUUGAGGAAGUAGGUCAGCAACCUCACAGGGACAGCAACUCUGUGUAAACUGCUAGUCUUAGUCCCCUUCUUUUUUUUUAGCUUCUGAAUUUUCCCUUUUGCUUCUGGUGCUUCCUCCCUGCCAUUUCCACUCAAGCGGACAGACCUGAACACUCAAGUGUGCUUCCAUCUCUGGGGAUUUUUUUUUUUUUUUUUAAUAAAAUUUCUGGGACCAAAAUCCAUCGUUUUUUAUAUACAAAUCCCAACAGCUGCCAAUUCUGGUAAGCUCCAAAAUGUGGGUCAUCACAGUGUGUUUUAAAAUGUGCACCCCUAAGACCAGAGGCUGGCUUUGGAAAUGAGCAGGUGAGAUACCAGAGACAGUGGCGGGCUCAGGCUGUGUCCCUCCGCUGCCUGGCCCCACUCACAGCCUGGACUUGGCUUAGCGAGGGUCUGUUUCACUAGGAGCUCUGAGGACAGAAUCAGCUGACCAAUGUGUAGGAACAUCAGGGUCCUCUGCAAAGGCACCCCUCCCUCAAAAGCUGUCUUGUUAAAAUGGCCUAAUGGCUCCCACUCUGCUAUUUGUUUUUUCCAGACACUUACAAUGUCCAGUAUUUAUAAAUGUAUUUGGGAAGUUAAGAAAGUCUAGUUUUUACAGCAAAAAGGAAAUAA